CCGCGCUCGUUAUAAACGCCUUUAGGGGAGACCAGUCAUCUAGUGAGCUUUGUGGUGUUCGCAUCCAGCAGGCCGUUCAAACAAAAUUUCUUCCUUGAUCUGUUCGGAAAAUCUGGCGAUGGGCCCUAGCGGAGACGUAUGCAAUGCCGGAUUCUCUGUUAUGCCACAGUACUCAUGUACUGAGGCAGCAGGUUCACAUGGCAUUGCUGCUAUUCAAUUGUUGUCGUACGUCCUUUGAAGGCUAUAUGGAUUUUGCAUUCGUCGCACGUCCUAUCGGUGCACAUGAGCACAUACUUCUAGUGUAAAUGGACUGUCAGCCUCAUUCAUGCAAUCAGACAGAAACUUCCCUCAUAGUCAUGCGAUCAUUCUCCGCCUUUUUGUUUGCAGUUCUCAUCACGGCCAGCAGGUCUACCUCAUGGGCCUCGGUCACCAUCCCAUUGACAAAGCUUGAGCGUACUGGGUCGUACCUUCAAGGCUCUCCACACGCUGAUGGUGCCCGAGCGUCGUUCUUAGAGACAACCAGUGGCCCAAAGACUAUCCCGGCCACAAACGUGGUAUACAUACAGUACACCAUGAGCGUUGGUGUCGGCAGUCCCCCCACCUACUACGAUUUAACGGCGAGCCUUGGGAUGCACAGGUGACCAGUCCCAUUAGCUGUUGACUGAUGAUGCCAUGAGUAUCAUUCUAUGUCUCUUUACUGCUG